GAGUGGUCCAAUUUUUUGUGGCUUCAUUUCUGCCAAAUUUCUGCUUAAUUCUGUACAUAGCCUAAUUCAAUGUUGAUGUCUUUGGUUUAUACUGAAGCUUUCAUCGAUAUAUUAACUACUUUACAGGGGAUGUCAAACCAACAUGGUAUAGGCCAAAUAAAGUACUAAAAUAGGCCUGAAGAGUGUAUUAAUUGUUGCCAAACUUUAAAGAUUCUGUGAUGGGUGAAUUCUCAGGCCAAGAACCUCUUCUUCUGAAGAAAGAAAAUGAUUUUGACUAUCUCAAUAAGACACCCCUUUGGAUAUCAUCAACAAAGUUUAUUCUCAAUGUAUUAAUGUGGGUGAUCUUCAUUGCAUGGGCUACUUUUCUUUUCUUAUUGCCUUCAGCAUACAUGAAUGAAUUGCAAAAGAAAUUGAUUCGAGAUACCCAAGGAACUAUCUUUGGGAAAACAGGAAGCAAAUUCUUGAUGUUCAGUUUCCCAAUUUUCAUGAUUGCAUUUCUUGCAAUUAUUCGCCUCGUUCUCUCUGGUAAAGAUGAACCCCAAGUGAAGAAGACUUCAAAUAAAGGUCCAAGUUUUCGCUUGUGGACGUUCCCAGUGCUGGUGGAUGGACCAUUUGGGGUUGUUACAGCUGCAGAAAUGAUUGGAGUUGUACUCUUCUCAGUGUACAUCAUCUGGGCUGUUAUUAUGUACAGUAUACGGAGUGUUGACCGCUUAUCCUCGUUUCAUGUACAAGACAUGAAAGAGAAAAGCGGUAUGUUGCUGGAGCUAACAGGCCGUCGUUUUGGAUUCAUUGGAUUAACCUGCUUAGCAUUUUUGUUUAUACCUGUUGCACGGGGUUCAGUUCUUCUUCGAGCUAUAGAUAUCCCAUUUGAACAUGCCACUCGAUAUCAUGUUUGGCUGGGACAUACUACUAUGGCUCUUUUUAGCCUUCAUGGUCUAUUCUAUGUGAUUGGCUGGGGCAAUGCGCGGGUGCCUUGUAUUCUUCCAGCAGUCACGAAGACUGUUGCCAUACUUUCAGCCACAUGCUUUCCUUGUGGAACCAUUGAACUCGUUCUUUCAAAACCUGCAAAUUUACAUUACAACGCCCUUGGCUGGAUAUUCUUACAAAUAGGCGAGUUGUCCUGGUUGCAGUGGCACCCUUUCAGUGUCUCCUCCAGUCCCCUUGAUGGGAAACAUCAUCUUGCUAUUCUCAUAAAGGUUCUUGGAGAUUGGACUGAAAAACUGAAGGGACAUAUCUUGAAUCUUUCCGUUGAACAACCUGAGAUGGAGCCCCUUUUGCAGCAUAAUAGGAUAUUAACAGCGUCUGUCGAAGGUCCUUAUGGGCAUGAAUCGCCAUAUUAUUUAACGUAUGAAAAUCUCAUUUUGGUAGCAGGUGGAAUUGGAAUAUCUCCUUUCCUAGCUAUCCUGAGUGAUAUCCUCCACCGUCUCAACGAUAGCAGGCCUUGCCUUCCAAGAAAUAUACUAAUAGUAUGGGCUAUAAAACAUUCAGAUGAGCUCCCACUUCUUGAGACAAUUGACAUGGAGGCAAUCUGUCCACUUUAUUCUGAUAAACUGAAUCUUGAGAUUCAAACAUUUGUGACUCGGGAAUCACAACCUUCAUUGGAGGAGGGCAAAAGACCGAGGGCAAUGCACACCUCAAUCUCCCCUGGCUUCACUGAAUGUCGAAUGUCUAGUUUGGUUGGUACUGGAAAUGUUGUAUGGUCUGGAUUGUACGUCAUAGUAUCCACAAUUGGCUUGGUGAUCACUGUAGCAUUAUUAGACAUUUUCUACAUAAAUCCAUUCAAUGUAACUUACUGGUGGUACAAGGGGCUUUUGUUGAUUGGAUGCAUGGCUGCAAGUGUUGUUGUAUUUGGGGGUCUCAUGAUCGCUUUAUGGCAUCUUUGGGAAAGGAAAACCUCAUUGAAGGAGGAACCAGAGGAUAACACAAAGAAGGCUGACAUCCUGCAGCAGAAUGAGGCCUCUUUACACAAGAAUGUUGAAGAGGCUCGAUCUGUUAAUACUAUCCGAUAUGGUGAAAGACCAGAUUUCCAAGAGAUAUUUGGAUCACAUGCAGAGAGUUGGGGAAGUGUAGAUAUUGGUUUGAUAGUGUGUGGUCCUCCUACUCUUCAGUCCAGUGUUGCUAACGAGUGCAGAAGGCAGAACCUGCAAAGAAGAGGUCAUCAGGCUAUUUUCCAUUUCAACAGCCAUAGUUUUGACCUCUAAAUCACCCCAGUAAGCAUCCGAUAGCUCGUAUUAGGAGGACUUGUUGAUGCUCUAAUGGGAAAAAGGAUCAUAUCAGCUAGUUUAUAUUUGAUCCUUGUAGCAUGUAAGCUUAUAUCUGUAGUAAGCUUCUUGUACAUUUUCAGUCGUCGUAAAUGCAGCUUACCAAUAUAUAAUACAACUAUACAAGUAUAUAACAAUAUCACCUAUACAGCUAGAAUGUAUCUAUGCAUUAUGGCAUCUGCAGCAAGCAUCUUGUACAUUUGCCACAUUGUAAAUGCAGCUUUAACAAUAUAGCAUAUACUGCUAGCAACUACAUAAACUUGCAACCUAUUGUUAAAUGAAUAUUUCUGAAUUCCAUACCA